CCAUGUUAGAUAUUCACUGUUGCCUGUGAUCUCUACUGCAGAUGCUCACUACUGUCUGUGACUCUGUGUCAGUAAGACUUUGUGUACCUUAUGAGUCAGGCAUAUAGUCAAAUAAUCAGCCUAUGUAACUGUUAGGAUCCAGGCUAAAUCCAGGCCUCUGCAGAGCUGCAUAUAGUUGUUGCGAGUAAUAAACUUCAUGUAAUUGUGUUCGACCAGAACCGUCAUCAAUCUCAGUAUCUUGCUUAGCAUAGAGACUGAUCCCUUGUGGUCUACAUCGAGGCCCUCAACAUACAUGGUGGCAGCAGACUGUAAGAUAUCACGACUCUCAUCUAUCUCCAGACGAUGUUCUCCUGACUCUCAGUGCUGUGGUACAUUCGCUCUCAUAUCCGGAUUCAUUGAAGAGGCUGCAGUGAGUCGCUGUCAGGAGGAUUCAGUCUGGAAGCAGACAUGGGGAGGUCAGGAAUCAUGUACAAACCCUUGCUUUCUGCUCCUUGCUCUUGAACACAGCCCAAUGCUGAGAGAUACAACAAGCAGUGAUGUCUCUCUUCCUCUUGAAACCUCCCUCAACAGCUACCAGGGAGUUUCUUCUCCUUUCAAGAGUGAGCCAGCAUGGAAUUGAUGGGUCGAAUAGCAAUUGUUGGGUAAUGAUUCCCCAUCCUGUGGAUUGUUACUCAGAAAGCGAGGAGACAUCCUUAAAAUCGCCUUUGUGCCUAAAGAUUUGCAGUCAGUGUUACAGACCUGGAAGCCUCUCUUCAGGUUAAGAUGAGCCAGCAGCAGAUAUCUGAGGCAGAAAGCAAACUCCCUCACUUCUGUACAUUGAAUGAGUUGGAGUGUAGGAUCUGCUAUAAUUGUUACGAUGUGCACAGCAGAAAGCCCAAGGUGUUAAACUGCCAUCAUCGUGUCUGUGCAAAAUGUCUCCAGAAGGUUGCCAAACUAAAAGCUUCCCCUCCCCACACCAUCAGUUGUCCGUUCUGCAGACAGGAGACGAAUGUACCUAAAGAGAAGAUCUGCCGACUGCAAGAUGACCCACACAUUAUGGCUAUCCUCAGCCUCCCAGACAAGGCCAAGAAUUGCUCAUCAUCUGAGAUAACGUUGACACCUGCCAAUCAUGAGAUUUCCAGCAACUCCUCAAACUGUCUGCUCAUCGCCAUAACAGACCCUCAGAGAGAAUCAUUGCAAACAAACAACACCAAUGUAUUACCAAUUAUCAGCUACAGACCCUCCAGCUUGGACUCCCUGACAUCCAUAUCCUGUCAGCAGGUGACAGACAAGUGCAGGCCCUGUCUCUGGAAGGGAUUUCCCCACUUGCUCACUUGGACUUUGGGGCUUUUUUAUUUCAGCUCAGUUCCCCUUGGCAUCUAUCUGCUAGUGAUCCAGAAGGUCACCCUCGGAAUAAUCUUCAUUAGUCUUGUCCCUUCAAGUCUGGUCCUAUGUGUAGUUUAUGGGUUCUGUCAAUGUGUGUUCCAUGAAACCUUGCACUGUUUGACCAGAUAACAUCGAGCACUGUGUAGGAUUUGGAACAGAAGUUGUCACUGUUGCCACAGUGAUGAGGUGUAACCCCUCAACACUGCAAUAGUUUGGAAUUAUGUGUAAAUGCACAAUUUAACCAAUGUUCAAAUAAAACACAAAAGCCAUGGCUUUUCAACUGAAUGAU